UGCUGACGACGGUAUGGGCUUCUUGUUCUCUAUUCUUGUGCGAGGCCAAGUCUCAGCCAAAGUCCCUCAGACGGAGGGGGGUCUUAGGCACCCCACCCAUGGGGGUGGGUUUAGACUGAAGCUCCCAUCUUGCUCAUCGUCUUCCUCCUGUGUCAGCUCAUGCGGGGCUAAUCUGGGCAUGGGGCUCUGUCAAGUUCUGCCAGGCUCUGUCAGGCGGACACGGUGUUGGAGUCCCUGAGGCCAGGGGUCAGGGUGUGAUGAGACCCAAGGGAGGCUGGGGAGCUGAGUGAGCUCACAGGCCCUGUUACGGUUAACUUGUGCAGGACUCCAGCUCUGAAGUGUCUGACGCCCACCGCCCCCACUUCUUCCUGCUCUUGGAGCAAAAUCCACUCCCAGCUGCUAGGGGGCGCUGCACUCACUUACUCUUUUCCUUCCCAGAGAGCAGAGCUGUUGUAGGAGCUGAAGAAAUUUCCAGAAGUUCCAUUCCCAACUUCUGCAGGCCCGCAUUGAAUUGAGACCCAGGUUACCCACUCCAAACCCAAUUCCUCCAACAAGACACACUUUUUUCUCCUCCCUUUCCUCCUCCUCCUCCUCCCCCACAUCUCACUGUCCCCAGCCUCCUGUGCCUGUGGGUCCCACUGGCUAGAUCCCAGCAAGCCCUGGUAGGAGGUAGGCAUGUGUCCCCCAGCCAGCAUGCCUUACCUGUGGGAGGGCAUGUCUUACCUGCACAAGUCCUGGAUGUAUCAGCUUCAACAUGGUCCUCAGCUGCAGGUCUGUUUCAUGUGUUUCAAGUCUGCCUUUCUGAAACUCAGAGAGUUACUGCAACUUGAAGACUGGGAUUCUGAACCAGUGGAGUUCAUGGAGGCAGGCCCUGAGCAGUGGGGGGACCUGGGGAUGGGGCCGAGCUGGGGGCAGGGUCAAGGGCAGCUUGCAGAGGGGAGCUCUGGCCAUGGGGGACCUGGGGCCCUGGCGCCUGCCCAGGUGGGGUCGGAGGGGUUGGGCAUCCAUUUUGUGCCCACCGAGCUGUUGCCUCAGGAUGCGGUGCCCCUGGCCCUGGGCCUAGAAGAUGCCAGCUGGACUCGCGGGCUCCCCUGGAGACUUGAGGUACCUCCUGCCUGCCCACUCUGGCACAGCCUCCCUCCCCCGUGGCAGGGCUUCCUCAAAGUGGAGGUUCCCCCAGGGGAGCCCCUGGUGCUAGAGCUGGGCUGUCUGGACCCUGCCGAGGCUGAGAACUGGUUGCUGGACCUGAAAGUCAUCGCCAUGGUGGGCGGCUUCGAAGCCAUCUACUUCCGCAAGAUGGCGCCCAACAAGGCCCUGUGAACACCAGGCCAGGGCUGGAAACUGCUGCUGGAGCCCAAGGAACUGUGGGUGGUGAGGCUUCAGGAUGCACCCCAGCAGCAGGACCUGUACCGGUGGAAGCUGAGCAUUCUGGAAUCUUCCUCCCCAGGGCAGAACGAAGAGCAGCUGGUGUCCGUGGACACGGCUCUGCUGAAGUGCGUAUUCACCAUUCUCUCCUGUUCGCCCUUGGCCAAUAGGGCCCCUGAGCAGGGGGAUCCAGGAUCUAGGCUACCAUCCUCCACACAAGGACAGGAGCCCAGCACCACUGAGACUUGGGGCAGUGGGCCUGGGGAGAACUUGGCUGUCACUGGAGCCUCGGCCCUGGGGGAGCUGCCUUGUGUCCAGCCCCUCAGCUGAGGGCCCCAGAACUGAGGGACAGAGGCCCAGGUGGCCAUGGUACCCUGGCUGCCCCAGGACACAGUAACCGGGGAGGGCUGGCCACUGCUCCUCCACCUAUAACCAGGAGUUCAACCAUCAAAGGAUGCGGACCUGCGCCUCAUGGAGGAAGAAUAGGGGCUUUCCAGGGGGUGGGGAAUAGUCCCCUCUGGCCCCCCAGGAAGCGAUACAGACGUCAAUAACAGAGAAACGCUCUUAUCCUUCAAUUGUCACUGAGUUAGAAACGUGAUGCUGAGCAGGAACAGUUGCUGAGCUGGCGUAUUACAUGCAAGCAGGGUGUGGAACUGAGCCUCAGCCCCGACCAGGCCCGUGUGCAACACACACUCCCUGGAACACGCCAUACUCUGGGGGCCAUGUGGAUGUGUACUCACCUCUGUCCAGAUGACCUCAGGGGCUCCCCAGGACCCUGUCAGCCACACCGAGACUCCGGGUCCACAGAGGGAGGACACUUGGUUUCAGAUGUAGGUUAUGUUAUGCAGUUUGGCUGUUUAGUUCUCAUUGCCUUGGGUGUCGUUUUAACUAAAGUCGCAGAGUUCUGUAUCCAGCCCUCGUGCAGCGUCGUCUCUCACAGAGCCCAUGUAGGGUCCCUUGCUUCUAGGACAAACCAAUCCCAGGCUUCCCCAUUUUCACCUGUUCCAGCAACCAGUUGAGUAGGCAAUCCCCCAGCCUCUAGGUUUGUGAUAGCUUGCAAGCCCAGUCAUGGCUUUUACUUUCUUAAUUCCUGGGAAAGGCAGAGGAUGGGGCUGAGAUAGUAAGUAUGCGGGAGAGAGGAGCCACAGGUGGACAGUGUCCUCUUCGCCCCAGGACUCCGAAAACUGAUUGAGUCUAGGCACAAUCUUAGACGAAGUUUAUGAAACUUGACGUGAAAUGUGAAUUAUUGGGACCUAAACUUUCUAAACUUACACAAACUUUUUUUUUUUUUUUUAGACUUACACAGGAGCCCUGGUGGCACAGCAGUUAAGAGCUUCGCUGGUAACCAAAAAGUCAGUUCAAAUCCAUCAGCCACUCCUUGGAAACCCUAUGGGGCAGUUCUACUCUGUUCUAUAGGGUUUCUAUGAGUAGAAUCGACUCCGUGGCAAGGGCUUUAAACUCACACACUUACACUCACUCACUGACGCACUUACAGUCUCACACAUUGCACACACAGGUCUCACCUGUCCAGGUGAUCAGGAAUGGCUGUGUGCAAGCCCGUCCUUGUUCCUGGUGAUGUUGCCCUGUAGCGCUUGAUGACCCGCACAGAAAUGGAGUUCCCCCAGCUCAUCUGGGUAGCAGGUUUUAACCAGAUGCUGCUAUCGCUCAGCAUAGACUGUCUUAAACCUACCUUCCAGUAUUGUUUGCUUGUUUCAAAAGAAUGCAUAUUGACGGUCAAAAACUUAGAAAACAGGCCAAAAUGAAGAAAAUUAAAAGCACCAGUAACUCUAGGACCCUGCAGAGAAACCUCUGUUAGCAUCUAUUGUUCUAGCCUUUUUCUAUGGAUCUUUAUGAUUUUUUGCUUUGAAAAGAAUUUUUUAGAAGUGUGGCCUCCACAUAUCACUGUUAAGUUGGAAGGAUGGCUGGAGAAGAAUCAGGAGUGGAGGCCCGUCCAGCUCUGCCCUAGGCCCUUCUUGGGGCAGCAGCUUGGUGGGGUCCUGGAUCCUCUCUCUUCCCCCACAGCCAGGCAUCCCCUCUGAGUCCAGGGUCUGUGAUGCUCAGAGGCCCCACAGGGGUGUGCCAGUGACACAUCCUGAUCAGGAAAACAGUGCUGAACCACCCAGCCCUCCCUGAUGGGCAAGUAGGGAUGCUGCCUCAAGACUCCAGGCCAUGUCCACAUCCUUGCUGGUACGGUGAGACAGAUUUGUAGUAACCUGGUGCCAUUUAAGGGCAGGUAUCCAAAGAGUGGAAACCCUGGUGGUUAAGUGCUAUGGCUGCUAACUAAAAGGUCGACAGUUUGAAUUCACCAGGUGCUCCUUGGAAACUGUAUGGAGCAGUUCUAUUCUGUCCUGUAGGGUCACUAUGAGUAGGAAUUGAC